AACCCCCUGUUUCUACCAAACACCUCUUUGUUUACACCCUAAGGAGAGUCAAGUCCAGGCAGUGCUGCUAGCUGUGAACAUUUCACUAAAGAACCAAAACCAUGUCUGUUUUUGUGCUCAGUUCUCUUAUGCUCUUCAGUGUGGUUUAUGCCUCCGACCCUGCGGAUCCAGUUCUGGUCGGACCUCCUACCAUCGUGUUCAGCUCUUCGUUCCGCUCGGUUUGUAAGCCUAUCCCCAGCACCCUGUCUCUGUGCCAAGGCAUCGGCUACCAGCGUAUGUGGAUCCCCAACCUGCUCGGCCACGACUCCCUGAAAGAGGCCAAGCAGCAGUCAGCCGCCUGGCUGCCGCUCGUCUCCAAGCUGUGCCACCAGGACACCAAGAAGUUCCUGUGCUCGCUGUUCGCCCCAGUGUGCCUGCCGGACCUCGGCGAGCCCGUGAGCCCCUGCAAGAGCUUGUGCGAGGCCGUGCGGGACGGCUGCGUGCCCGUGAUGAGCGCCUUCGGGUUCCCCUGGCCCGAGAUGUUUAACUGCUCUCGGUUCCCGAGCGGCACCGAGCUCUGUAUCCCGUCAACAGGACAGCUGGAGGAGCGGACGGAAGAGGAGGUCAGGCGUGAGGAGGAGCUGAAAGAGAGCAUCAUCUGUGAUGCCUGUUCUCUGACUGCUGAAGGAGAAUCUGACAUCCAGCAAAACUUCUGCCACAGUCCAUAUGCUAUAAAGAUGCGUCUGGACAGUGUCUCAACAGUGGGAGGUGACCGUCAGCUGGUGCCUGUGGCCCGCAGCCGCAUCCUGAGGUGGGCCGGGGGAGGUGCAGAGAGGGCGCAGGAGUUCGGAGGCGCAACGACCCACAGGGCUCUGUGGCUGCAGGAAGGAGGCAGCUGUACUUGUCCCGGCUUAGACUUGGCAGAGACAAACAACAAGCAAGAGCAAAAUGUAGAGCCGGUUGACAAAAAAAAGGCAAAGAGAGGAGGAAGGCUGGAGAAUAGACCCAAAGAUGGAUGGUUCCUGGCCCUAGCUCAGGCCGAAGAAGGAAGACUUAUUUUGACUCGACUCGUUAAGUGGACCCGAGAGGACAAAGAGCUAAAGAAGUUCAUCAGAAGUCUUCUGAAAAAGCCUUGUCCAGAGCUGUAAACAAUUCGCCGUUUUAGUUCGUUGCAGAAUGGAGCCUGUGUGCUACCAGCAGUAACACCUUAUAUUGAUUCACCUAAAUAUAACAAACACAAUGAUUCCUAAAUACUACAUUUAAAGAAACUUUCCUGCCAAAGUUUAAAAAAAAACUUUAGACAUCAGAAAGCAUAAAAGAAACGCCUUCAGUGUGGGAAGAUGGUUUUUGUGUUUGUACUGACCAAUGUGUCUGAUAAUUGAGUUCACUGAUGAUUUCCAUUUCCUAUUCCAUUUAGCAAAACAUAAGCAAAACGUCUGCUGGAUUUGUUAAAAAUGUUAAUUAUUAAAAGGCAUAGUUCUACGUGGGAGCUGGGGAGGAUCUGAAGAGUCAAGACAAGAAACUAAGUGGGUGAGGGGACAGAAGCAUCAACAGUGGAGAACAUUUUUUAUGACACUGAACAACAUUAGAAAAUUGUAAACUGAGGCUGCUUUCAUCGUUUUCACCUUGUGAAAUGGUAUUAGUUCUUUUUCACAUGCAUAUUUCCAGUUCUAAAUGCAUCUUUCCCAUGUUUUGAAAGUAUGAAAUAAUAAAAAAAAAUUAUAUCUGG